AAAUGAUGCAAACCAUGUUCUCCCUGAUCUUGACCAAGUUUUUGUUCUCAAAGUUUGAGAGGGGCUAGCAUCCUAUCAAACUAAAUUGAGAACUGCACACUUGUUCCCAAAUUAAGUACAUCUAGGUCAGUUAAAGCCUGGGCAGGUGUCAUAUUGCCCCAAAAUCUUUCCUCCAGGCAGCUGACUCAUUCCGGUGGAAUAGUAUCGGUUGUGAACCGAAACAAGGACGAAGAUGCCAACCAAAAAGAACAAACCACAGAUAAAUCCGUUUUCAAUGUACAUGCGCGAGCAGGAGCCCAUCCUCCGACGAAGAGGGUUACAGUUUAAUUCAAAGAAGGAGUUGGUCGACUAUUUAUUUCCACAUUUUAAUAACCUCUCGGAUUUGGAGCGCCAGAAGUACAAGAACAUGGCGAAGAUCGAAAAGGAGCAGGCCAAGAUGGACCUGACGCGCAAGUUCGACGACCGCGGAGUGCCGCUGUCCCAGAUCGCGGCUGAGCGCGACGAGCUCCGACUGAAGAAGGACAACAUGCUGCGUCACGUGACCAGCAUGGUCCACGACCGCAGCGGCGGCGAGCCGCUCACCAGCGUCAAGUUCUACAACCUGUUUGUCUCGCUGCACUGCUACACGGACUUCGGCAAGGGGGCCGAGUACUUGCCGUGCGAGGUGGCGCUCUGUGAGUGGACAAUCGCCGACGGGGUGCUCCGCUCGUGCUCGUAUCUGAUCGAGCCGGACCGCAUCCCGGCCGGGUACAAGUCGCGCUGCCGCGACAUCUCCGAGGCCACGCACCAGGUGCCGCUCGGCCACCCGGGCGCCGAGACCAACUUCCCCGGCGUCUGGAUCCGGCUCAAGAACUUCAUCAACCCGCAGGAGGAGCUGGACGACUACCCGCCCGUGUUCAGCGGCUCGCUGGAGCUGGCCGAGACGGAGGGCGCGCUCCAGUGGCUGCACGACCGCUCGGCCGACCGCCGGGACCAGUCCGUUCCGCGUGUACCCGCUGGAGCGGCUGCUGUACGAGCUGUUCCACUGCGGCUGGCGAGCCGCAGCUGGAGACCUCGUGCGGCGACCUUCUGAAGCAGGGACACUUUGACUAUCUCACCGACCUCGCCUGUCCGUUCCACCAGGACAUCGACAACUCUAAGUUCUGCAUGCUAGCGAUGGCGCGCCGCCAAGCCUUCACCGUGCUGGACCGCGUGGUCGGCCAUUUCGGCGUCGAGCUGGUGCCCGGGCGACAUGUGC